ACGACGAAACAAAGAACGAGAACGAGCCUCCCUCGAGCUCUCGCCGCGCUCGCAGCAGUAAUAAUGUCUUUGUGGUGGCUACACCUCCGCUUGCUCUUGUGGAAGGACGUCUACACGUACCAGUUUCGCCGGCAGAGGUUUCUGACCGUGCUGGAGUUCCUGCUUCCAGCCUUCAUCACCUACGUGUACAUCUACGUCGCUUCGCUGACCAGCACCUCCGCACACAAGGGGAACGCGCGGCUAGGCCUCGACGUAUUCGCCUGGGCAGCUUCUUACCUCGGCGCCGUCUCAAGUGAGAGCGAAAACCUGAUCCCGGUGGAGGGCGACGACGCGUACAGCAUUCAGCAACCGCCGGAGGCACUCGACGAGGAGCUGCUGUUACCGGGCGACGUGGAGGAGCAGAGCGCGCCCCGCAACGACGCUACAUACAUCAAGAUCAUGUUCGGCAUUUUUCCCUACGCGGUCAGCAUGUGCAUGAUUCAGCCUUUCCUGGUGAAGAAGACCGCCUCUGAGCUAUGCUCGGGCACUAAGGAGCUGAUGGUGACCAAUGGGCUGUCCGAGUUCGUCUGGUGGCUGGGCGGCUUCUGCUGGUCCUUCAUCAUACUGCUCAUGGGCUCGCUGCCCGCAACCGUGCUCACCAAGACGCACGCGUUGCUGCCGCGCUCGAACAUCGUCUUGUUGCUGAUGGGAGUUAUCAUGCAUUGCGCCUCGAGCUCCCUCUUUUGCCUCGUUGUCGCCACGCUCGUGCCCAGGCCAUCGGUGGGCCUGGUCACCAUGUCGUUCGUGGUGUUCGGGUCCCUGGUCGUUCCUUUCGGCCUCGCAUCGUCCGUUCCGUCCGUCGUGGCUCAUGGAAAUGUUCUGGAGAAGGUCAUUACCCUCUGCCUCCUGUUGCCAAAUGUGGCCUUCAACUACUUCCUCAUAAACGUCGCUGAUCUCGGCUAUCAGGGAGGUCCCGGCGCGCACUUCUCCAACAUGGGCCGCGUGGGCCUGCACGGCACCUGCGUGUACCGCGCGCUGCACGCCAUGGGCGGCUCGUGCCUCGUCAGUGCUGUACUCUGCUGGUACCUGAGCAACGUGUGGCCGCACAGCUACUCGUUCCCGGAGGCGUACUGGUUCUUCCUUCAGCCUUCAUAUUGGGGUUUCUGGCGACGCGUGGACAUCCCGGAGGAAGGCCUUACUGAGAUCAAAGAGAAUACGACGCUCUUCGAGCCUUUGCGCGAGCAGAAGCAGGCGCACCUCGUCAUCUACAAGCUGAGUAAGGUCAUUAAUCCGUUGUACCUGAAACAUUACAUCAUUAACAACGUCACGAUAAAAUGUUACAUGGACAGCAUCACAGUCAUACUGGGAAGAAACGGUUGCGGAAAGUCAGUGCUGCUCCGAAUGCUGGCAGGUGCGAUAAAGCCGUCGUCGGGGACGGCGUUCUUUGAUGGCGCGGACAUGCGCACCAACCUGUGGAAAGUGCGGGCGAACAUCGGCUACUGCCCGCAGUACAGCACGCUCGUUCCAUUUUUCACGGUGGAGGAGAACAUGCUGUUUAUAGCACACUUGCGCGAUGCUCCGGACAUCGACGACCUGAUACUGACGCUCCUGAUGCAGUUCCAGUUGAUCGAUAAGAGGGAGAGCCUCACAAGCAAGAUUAGCUACGCCGAGCAGCGGCGGCUUCAAGUGGCCAUGACCCUGCUCGAUAGCCCAGAGUUCGCCUUCUUCGACUGCCCGACGGAGGGAAUAGACUCGGACUCACGAAACGUCAUCUGGGACGCCAUACUGAAGUGCCGCGCCCAGACCACGGUGCUGAUCGCUACAAACAGCACCGACGUGGCUGAGAUUCUGGGAGACCGCAUCGCCAUCAUAUCCAGGAGCCUUAUAAGCUGCUGCGGCUCUGCCAUUUACCUGCGCAAGAAGUACGGCCAGGGCUACCGUCUGCAGCUGGCCGUGUCUUCUAAGUGCGACAAGCCGCUGGUCUGCUCGUUCAUCGAGAAGCGGCUAUCGACGGCGGAGAAGGUGCUCGAGCGGCGAAACAUCAUCGUCUACUCCCUCGGCUUCACCGCCGCCGCCGACAUCGUGCGCCUGCUGCAGCAGCUCGAGGACAGCCGCAUCAAAUUGCGCGUGAGGAGGCUCUCCGUGAGCGCCUCGUCGUUGGAAGACGUGCUGCUCAGGCUGGACGAGACACUCGAGAAAGGCGACACAGCUGCUGCGGAGGAGGACAAGGGCGACGUGCCGUCUCCGGACGCGAAGGCGCCCGAAAUACGGAACGACCUGUUCAGAGCUCAAGUUGGCGCCAUAAUGACCAAGAAGACGACGUAUCUGCGGCGCAGCUACGUGGUGGUUCCGGUGCUGCUGCUCCUGCAGGUGUUGAUGCUGGGUGCCGAGGAGAUGUACCUGCGCACCGGCACGCUGGCGUGGGCGCGCGUCGAGGCGCUGUUCCCAAAUUUCAAGACUCCUCAGGGACAAACGCCGGACCAGGUGAACCAGGCGAUGGUGGCAGCGGUGGACAGCGCGGCGUUCGAGAUGCACACGGCCAUCUUCGCGCAGCGACUGGCCAGCAUGGUGCUGGUUCCGGUGUCGAUGUCGCUGACCGCUUCGGCGUACGUCGACCUGCCGGUCAAGGAGCGCGUGAGCGGCCUCAAGCUGCUGCAGCUCAUGACCGGCCUGUCCUCCGAGCGGUACUGGCUGGCCACCUUCUCCACGGACCUGCUGGCGCACGCCGUGUCCUCCCUGUUCUGCACGCUGCCGCUGCUGUUCCUCGACCGGGACAUUUGGUUCUGCAGGGACCACUACAAGCUCGGCACCACCUUUGGCCUUUACUUCAUGUUCGGCUGGGCCUUCUUCCCGAUGACGUACAUCUCCUCUCUCAUGUUCGAGUCGUCCCUGCUCGCCUACUUCUCGCUCGUCAGCUUCGGCGCUCUCUUCGGCACGGUGCUGAACGUGUGCAUCAGCGUGUUCGCCCCGCGCACGGUGUCGACGUACCGGCCGAGGCGCGACCUGGACGGCUACUUGGAGAUCGGCUCGCUGCCGCUGCGCGUCAUGCCCCAGUUCACGCUGGCCCGCGGGACGGGCCAGUUGCGCAGCGCGUACCUGGAGUACGUCGCCUGCUGCCACCUGGGGGCGGAGUUCCUGCUGCACGUCUGCAACUACACCUUCCUCAGCCCCACGACGCGCGGCGAGGCGCACAUCGUCUCCAAGAUACUCAAAUGCUGCCAAGUUCGGUGCGACCACAUCUGCCCCGUGUACGAGGAGCAGCAGGGAAUCGCGCCGCGCAGCAACUCGCACGUGUGGGACCUGACCAUCUUCUUCCUGAGCGGACUGCUCUACCUGAUGCUGGUCAUCGGCUGGGACAUGCAGACGCAGGGAAAGUUCGACCCGCACACCCUCGAUUCGUUCUUCGCCGAGGAGCCAGACAAAGCGGACAAGCCCGGCGGCAAGGAGCCGAGCAGCGAGGAGAAGACCGUGGCAGAGGAGAAGCAGUUCGUGGCGGGCCUCAUGCGCUACCUGCUGAUCAACGCGGAAGCCAAAGCUAAAGCGGCGCAGGCCUCGCGCUCCUCCGAAGGGGACGCCAGCGCCGGGACAGCCGAGUCGGGCGCCGACGUGCACCGUGCGCCCGCCGGUCUCGUGGUGCUCGAGGCGACCAUGACGGGCACGCUGGGGCCCCUCAGCUUCCACGUGCCGCCGGCCGAGGUGUUCGGCAUCCUCGGCCUGGGCCAGGCCGGCCGCUCGCUCCUGCUGCGCAUCAUCGCCGGCAUCGUGCGCCCCGACGCCGGCAACGUCUUCAUCAACGGCAUCGACGCCCGCCGGCGGCCGCUCAACUACCAGCAGCAGGUGGGCUACUGCCCCCAGCAGGACCCUCUGCUGGACAAGUACACGGGCGAGGAGCUGGUGCUGCUCAUGGCGCGGCUGCGCGGAGUGCACAAGCAGGAGCUGCAGGCCGAAGUGCACUACCUCGACUCCCGUCUCGGGCUGCGCAAGGCGCUGUCCUCCACGGUCUACAACUGCUCAAGCACGCACCGGCGCAAGCUGACCGUGGCCAUGGCGCUCGCGGGCCGACCACCUGUGCUCGUUCUGGACGAGUGCACGGCGGGUGUGGAUCCGGCCACCCGGAGCCGCCUCUUCCAGUCGCUGGGACGGGUGCACACCGAGUGCAACCUCACCGUACUCUUUACCUCACGCCGAAUGUCCGAGAGCGACAUAUUCUGUGACCGGCUGGCCAUCCUUUCGUACGGGAGCUUCAUGGUGCUCGGCCGCACGGUGGACAUCAAGCAGACGUGCGGCCAGCGCUGCAACGUGGUCAUCAAGAUGAGCAGUGACCAGCACGGAAAGAAGGUCUCCAAGCAGAUCUCGCGCGCCGUCGGCGACAUGUUCCCCAACUCGGUGAUCGCCGAAGUCCGAAAGGACCAGGUCUGGUUCCGUAUCCGAGAUGACGCCAUCUACUGGAGCGAGGUGUUUGAUGGCCUGGAGACGCUCAAGAAGCGCCUGAAGUUCGGCGACUACCUGGUCAACGACAUGUCGCUGGGCGAGAUCUACCUGGGCUACGCGCGCGAGAGAAAGAUGGUCGACUUCGGCACCAUCGAGAUCAAGUACUUCGACAAGCUCAGGCCGCCCAUGGAGCUCGAGGCGCCGCUGGCCGGCGCGCCGCCGCUGCUGCCGCAGCUCGGCAACGCGUGAAGACGCGUGGCACCGUCUGCUGCGGCGGCAAGGCGCGCCACAACGCGCGUCAGCGCCUGCAGCGCGCCAGAGUGCACAACGUUCUCGCUGGCGGCGGCUGCAGGUCGCUGUACAUAUAAUACGAGCAUAUCACGGUGCGUUCGCUGGGCGCCUCAUAAAAAAGCUGCCGUUAUUCAGCUGCCACGUAAAAAAGAAAAAAAAACAACUAUUAAAAAGCGCUUACGUUGUCCUUGUUUAAGCACUUUCCUGACUAGUGAGGCACGUUUGAAUGAUGUUUCAAGAUAGACCGUGUUGUGCCCUUACGUACAGAUAAAAAGGAAAGAAAGCAAAUAACGGUAUUUUGCACGGAAUGG